AUGCUGGGAGUUGUAGUUCCGUGCCCGGCCAGCCCCCGACUCUGCGUUUGUGCGCAUGCUCGAGGUAGGGGCGGCCCGGUGGGCGCGGCCUUAGGGCGAGCAACAUGGCUGCUUUCACGCUGGUCUUGGUGGUUUCGCCGUGGCCCGCAGCCCGGGGACUACUCCGGAACUUUUGGGAGCAAUUGCAGCGGAAACUUCAGCAGAGCCGGCCAGGCCUUCCCCGUCCUCCAUGGGAACAACAUAGACGUUUGCCCUGAAUGUGGUCACCUGAAACAGAAGCACGUCCUCUGUGGCUACUGCUAUGCGAAGGUGUGCAAGGAGACAGCAGAAAUCAGGCGACAGAUAGGGAGGCAAGAGGGGGGCCCUCUCAAGGCUCCUGCGGUGGAGACGGUGGUUCUGUACUCCGGGGAGACGCCGUCCCGGCAGGAUCAGGGCAAGAGGAUCAUCGAGCGGGAGCGGAAGCGGCCCUCCUGGUUCACCCAGAACUGACGCCAGAGGUGUUCUCUAGAGAGUAGCCUCACAUAAGACAUUUCCCCUGGAAACGAGGAAGCGUCUUUGUUUUCAUGUUGCUUGUGUGCCUUUUAAAUCACCAAUAUAAUUUAAAACAUUCUCUAUAAGCAGUUAGUCUUUUUUAUGGGUACUAUGAAGAGUGUAUCAAGAGUAAAAUCUGAAAAUGUUCAAUUAUGCAGAGGCUCAAUGGAUUUAUGUGUCUGUUUGCAUGAAACUAUCAAGUUUUAGUAAACGUAAAAUUUCCAGGACAUGAAAAUGAAACAAAUAAUUUAAAAUUCACAGCCAGAAGUACACAUUUGGGCUCUGGUUUUGCCUGUUGGCCGGUGGUUCUUCUACACAAGGAUAAUUAGGCAAAUGCUUUUGCUUAAGUAGCCCCUGGAAAUGGGCUAUUAGUUAAAUCCUGGGUAUUGUUUUUUGUGUUGUUUUUGGCACGGUAGCUGUAACAGUAAGAAGUUUGUUCUGUUUGGGUUUUUUUGUUUGUUUGUUUUAGCAAAUUAAAAUUGCCUUUGCAUGGCACUUUAUUACGUUAACUUACUUAGAAGUAGUUCCUCCCAUUUUACAUUAAAUCAAAACCACAUAUAGAAUUCAUUAGGUGGCUCAUGGAAUUUGAAUUUAUAGUUUGGGGAGAGAGGUUUUUUAAAAGGAGACGUGAGUGAAUUCAGUAGCACACAGAAAAUGUGCUAAGGGGGUUGCCCUGGCAUUUGCCUUCUAGGAAAUCCUUUCAGUUUAUUUUAUGUUUUAUCAUUUUUAUCUCCAUGGCAAUGGCCUUUUCAUCUUAACCCAAUUCAUUUCGUCUUUCCCACUCCCUCCCCGACUCCUAUAUCUACCCUGAGCCCAAUGUUUGCUAUUUUCUUUGUUUCCUGCCUCAUUCAAAAAAAUAAUUGAGAAGCAUACUGGCCUAUAAUUUUUAUCUUCCGGAAAACCUUUCCUCUUACGCUGUUAUCUACAAGUUGAUAAAGUAUGCCUUUGUUUAAAAAAAAAAAAAGAUAAUAGUAAAAGUGAAAUAGCUUAUUAAAAUACAGAAGUAAGGGAAUUGUAGUUAAAUGGAAAAUCAGUAGACAAAAUAUGAUAAAGGCCAGGGAUGUAUUUAAAACAAAAUGCAUAAAAUAGUCUGACUACUUAUAAGAACUAGGCAGUGAAUUGAACCCUAAACUCUCUUUUCCUUGGAAGGGACUUCCGUGGAUAGGUCUGUACCAGGUGAGUCACGUCAUCCAGCGGGCCCUCCUGAGGCUCCUGUGGUGUGGCAAUCCAUGUCAGCAUGCCUAGAUGUAAAAUUAUUAAUUUCCUGAAGUAUAGUAGAGACCAGUGAUACGUGAAAGAGCAACGGAGUAAAAGGAAAUCCUUAAAACUUCAAAAGCACUCAAGUCUCAGCGUACAGCUCUUUCGAGGCUUGGCUCGACCCCCAGCAUUAAACAAAUUGAGAUUCUGGAGGAAUCGGUUAUCUGCAUAUUUUUCUUAAGGCAAUGCCCUGCAGAUAAUUCGUUUUUACUGUCAAGUCAAAGAAGUGCUCCGUGUCAUACUUCAGUUAGAUAGAUUUGAAGCCAUGAUUCACGAAAGCUAAGGCUGACCAGGUACAUACCUGACUCUCCCACCACCUACUCAGCAUCUGAGUUGACUUAACAGGUUGCAAAGCACAUGUCUGGGUGGACGUUGCAGAGGGCUCUCUAUGCAGGUGAACUGAGUGAGAACGUGUGCGCAGGAUCACUCUUCUGUCUGCUAUUCGUGGACGGAUAAACGUUAUAAAAGGCCUCCCCGAAUUAGCAAAGCCAGAUGGCUAUUUCAUGUCAGAAAAGCCAUGUCAUAGGGGAAAGUGGUUUAUCGCCUGUUUUGGAGAGGUUGUCCCCCAAAGUUAUAAUACAUUUUAUUGCUGAAUGCUUUCAGUUUUUACUGUCAGAAAAAAAAAAGCAUCAUGAGUUUGAAUUGAAUCAUUUAUAUAACCAGCUCAUUCAUGUUCUGAACAUUAGACGUGAACCUCAUCCCUGCCUCCCCCCAUCAGCAUCGGGCUGUUGAGUGAGACCUUCCACUUUUGGAGGUGGGGGUGGGUGAGGGGUGACGUCCCCUCUGAGCUUGGUAGCACUCCCCUCCAUCUCCCUGUGCUCUUUAGCCAGGUGCUGGGAGAUCACCAGGUUCUGAAAAUCUAAAUGUCUGACUUCAUUGCACCUCCCUGCCAGUAUCCUCAUUCCGACCCUAACCAUUUCUUUCCUGAGCUGUUACAAUGCACUUUCCAAUGAUUAAUUUCCAGUCUUCUCAUAUUUCUUAUUAGCUUUCUUGAAUAAAAUUUAAAUUGCAGAAA